UUUUUAAAUCAUGGUUAUCCAACGUGGUUGGAAAAUAUUAAGUGAUGCUGGUUCUACUUCGGCAUCAUCUACUGAGGCAAACCGUUCCCCUACGGGCCUAAACUCCUCUUCUGACGAUUCCAAUUGCUCCAAUCAAACAACUCACUCAAUGGUUACUAGCGCCAGUCCUGUUUCAAACCAUCAUAAAUUGGAAUCAACAACAGCUCCAAAUAACAAUUCUAGUGCCACCAGCAAUACAAACAAUAGCGAUACAAUGAAAUACGUUACCACUCCCCAAAUGGCUGAGAUGACUUUACAAAAGAUACGCCAACGCUUUUCCAGCACGAGCCUGAUGACUGGUUCCACAACUGAAUCGGGUAUGAGGUCCUUAGAAUUGGUAAGAAUUGCUGUACAGAGUGCAUUCGACAAGGAAAUUGACGAGCUGAUAAAGCGUUAUAUUGAGACAUAUUUUAAACCAGCUUUUAACAAUAUAAAGGAAAAUUUGGGUCAAGGUGCCAUCAAUGAAGAUGCUUUACAAAAAAUGUGUUGUGCUCUGCUGGAGAAUUCCAAGUCGCAAUAUAAGACGGUACUUCGUUAUAAAACCCAAGGAUCCUCACUACCAAUUACCAGCACACUUUCUUCGGUUGCCAGUGGGCAAGAAAACAGCACAAUUCGAAUGGCUUUGAAACGACCUGCUGCCAAUAAACCCUCUACGGCUACUGUUAUCGAAAUACAAAAGCGUUUCUUCCCUGAUAAUAUGCUCAUAAAGGCCACAAAUUCAUCCCAGCAACAAACCCCAACACAAAUGUUACCCGUUGUAGGAACUUUAAUACAGAGUCAGCCUACUGCUUUUGUCCAACAGCAGGGGCAGCAACAGCAGCCGCUACAACAACAACAGCAAUUGCAAAAACUUCAACCAAAUAUUGUAAACCAGCAACCCAGAAGACAAAUAUUUUGGAAUACUGCACACAUAUCUACAAGCACUAAGUUUGUCCUGGAUGUUCAAGCCAAUCAGGCAUUUGGAUUCGGAACUGAGGGCAAAGAACGACGUUUGGCCAGCAAACAUCCAGAGCUAAUACGUUAUUUGCCAGAUAAUGAAGAUCGUGAUUGGUUGGUGACACAACAGAUUAUACCACAGCCGAAUCGCAACUCGCGCUUCCUAUUUCUUAUAUACGAUGAAGUUUGUCGCCUAUAUCAAACACAUGAGGCAUACAAAAAUAAAACUUCUAUUGACUUGUCCGUUAUGAUGACCUUUACGGUACCGGAAUUCAUGAUACAAAAAAUGAAAAUUUUCUUCGUUGAUUUGAAUAUAAAAAGCCGUGGUCUAAUAACAAAUUCGUAUUCGAUAGGAAGUGGCGUAAAUUCCUCGGUAGCACAAAGCAAUAGCCACCUACGAAAUGCAUUGCUUUUGGGUACGUCACAGGUCCCAACAACCGUUCCGACCACAUCUUCGCCGUUGCCUUCUGUUAUCGCUACAUCCAGUGGUGUCAUGGCAGAUGCAUCAUCAAGUCUUAAUAUAGGCCAAUCUCCAGCUACUUCAUCACCAUCUUCGAACAUUAGUUCAACAGAAGGUUUGCUUCAACCACCACCACAACAACAGAAGAAUAAAUCAAGCAAUUUAAGCUCUUCUCAUGCUACGUUGACAGCGCUAUUAAAUAAUUCAUCAACAUCAGCCUCUAUGAACGAUAAAUCAGCAAACAACUCUAUCAAUAUUCCAACGUCUUCUUCUUCAAAUUUGUCAUCAUCAUCAACACCGACUUUGUUAAAUAAAUUGAGAAAAUAAAACCUUUGUUUCAUCUAAGAAAUGUCAAUCUGUAUGGUUCAUAAA